AUGAAUUUAACGGUGUAUCUAGACUAUGUUCAAGAGCAAAUGAAUCGGUAUCUGGCACCAGCCAUCUUUAUCUUCGGUGUUAUUGGUAACACUCUCAAUUGUAUUGUUCUCGGACAACCGACACUCCGAUCCAAUCCAUGCGCUCUUCUCUUUCUCGUCUCGUCUUUUGUCGAUCUCAUUUCUAUUCUCGUUGGCCUUCCAACACGUAUCCUAGCCGGUUGGAAUCUCGAUCCAACAGCCACUAUCACAUGGAUAUGUCGAUUUCGAGCAUUCGUAGUCUUCACUACAAGAACAAUCGCAGCGUGGCUUAUCAUGUUUGCCACCGUCGAUCGUUGGCUGCUCUCUUCUGUCGACAUUCACCGACGACAACUCAGUUCGAUUAAAAACAUCAGAACACAGAUCUUGGUCACUUUUGUUCUUUCUAUCGCAGUCUAUGCACAUAUGCUCUACUGCUAUGAAGCGAAUCUCAACGAUCAACCACUGCAAUGCUAUGGUAAAUCAGAGCAAUGUCGAUUCGCAACUGAUAUGAUAUAUGCUUUGGUAACGAUCGUCAUUCCAUUGAUCGGAAUGAUGACAUUCGGAUUGAUGACGAUUGUCAACGUUCGACGUGCUCAGAGACGCGCUCACCCAGAUCUUAGAGCUACUAGUGAUGUAAAUCAUCAUUCGCGGCGUGUGAAUAAUCAGCUACUGCGAAUGUUAUUUGUCCAAGUGUUAUUUCUGAUAGUUUUGUGUGUUCCGCAAGCGAUUCAGAAGUUCUAUUCGACUGUGAGACCGUUUGGGGCAGGAUCUACAGACGAGGAUGCAGUGAAAACGCUUCUAUAUAAUAUCGAACUGUUGUUAGCGUUUAUCGCAAGUGGAAUGCCAUUUUACAUAUACACAUUAUUCGGUGAAACUAUAUUUCGCAAAGAAUUUAUCCACGUGAUUGAAAAGAUUCGAAAAAAAAGAAUGGGAAUGGUUCGCACAAUUGAUAGAACACACUGCCGAACAUAG